GUUACCAUAAAGCAUGUUUCAUGUGUUGUCUGUGUAGUGCACCAUUUGAACAACGUAGCACAUAUCAUGAACACGAAGGCAAACUGUAUUGUGAAAGGGAUUUUCAUGUAUGACCGAAUGAUUCCUCCUUCUGUUACACCUAUUAAAGCCUUGGGUAAAUUGUAUCAUCCCGGGCAUAUUAAAUGUUAUCAUUGUUACGAUACCAUCAAUGAUAAAACAGGUUGGAAAGAAUAUAAAGGUCGAGUUUAUUGUAGACACGAUUUUAAAGCACUCUUUUUACCAAAAUGUCGUGCAUGUUAUCAACCUGUUGAAAAGAAUGCAGUCUCUGCUAUGGAUGGAAAAUUAAAAGGAAAAUGGCAUUUAGAAUGUUUUGGCUGCCACACAUGUCAUUGUCCUUUUCCAGAUAAUACAUUUUAUGUAUUUGAAGAUUCACCUUAUUGUAAAAGACAUUAUCAUGAACUUAAUAAUUCAUUAUGUAGAAAAUGUUCAGAACCCAUUGAAGGUUAUUGUGCUUAUACCAGUCCAGAAAAUUGGCGAUUUCAUCCAAACUGCUUUACAUGCGAGGUAACAGUGUUCCCUUUAUUAAAAAAAGAAAAGAAAGGCUUAUCAUUGUUAUUAUUUAUAGACUUGUCAUGUAAGAUUAGAUGA